AUGCUCUCAUCACUCGGCGUCACAAAUGUGCGCCAAACAGUUGCACAAGCUUUGAACUUUGCGCUCGUUCUUUCUACAGCAUUUAUGCUAUGGAAAGGUCUCUCCAUAUUCUCCGCGUCCAGCUCGCCUAUUGUCGUCGUUCUGUCCGGGUCAAUGGAGCCCGCAUUCCAGCGUGGUGACCUGCUGUUCCUCUGGAACCGGAGCCCUCGUGCGGAGGUCGGAGAAGUUGUUGUCUAUAAUGUGCGAGGGAAGGAUAUCCCAAUUGUUCACCGGGUGCUGCGAACGUACCCUGAGCUAGAAGGCAGGACGAAGAAAGUGAAGGAGAUUACAGUUAACUCUGCUCCGGACUCCCACAUGCUCUUGACCAAGGGCGAUAACAACCUUGCCGAUGACACUGAGUUGUAUGCUCGGAAUCAGGAUCAUCUCAACCGUUACGAAGAUAUCGUUGGCAGCGUGCGCGGCUAUAUCCCCAUGGUCGGAUAUGUGACGAUUAUGCUGAGCGAACACCCUUGGCUCAAGACUGUCCUACUUGGUGUAAUGGGGUUGAUGGUCAUGCUUCAACGAGAGUAA